GCUGCUACCCGUGCAAUGCGUGAACACUUCCAUAGCGCAGGCUACACCGAAGUGAUGCCACCAACGCUGGUUCAAACUCAGGUGGAAGGUGGAUCAACCCUAUUUGAGCUGAGCUAUUUUGGUGAGCCAUCAUUUCUGACCCAAUCAUCGCAACUGUAUUUGGAAACCUGUAUUCCUUCGCUGGGCGAUGUUUUUUGCAUUGCUCAGUCUUACAGAAGUUUGCUUUUGGCAUCGCCAUUCGGUGCUGGCUUUACCUUACCAAAGGCAUUUGUGAUUGUUGUAUGA